AAGUUGCCCACAUAUAAUAAAUUCAAAGGGAAAAGUUGUGGCUGGCCUGGUGUUAAAGAUGAGAGGUUAGAGUAUUACAAACGGAACGGAGUACCGGUAGAAUAUUCUUCCUUCUGUUGCUGGUUGGGCAUGGAUUGUGAUUAACUCUUCAGCCACAUAUCCCCAUACAUACAUAUAUAUAUAUUUACACACAUACAGUAUCGUCGCUGCUUCAACUCCCCUCCGAUCCAGCGGCAACUGAACUGCAAGCUAAGCAAGGGAUGGCGAACUUUCACCUCCAGUUGCCCUACAAAAUCACUGCCUUUUCUGCUUCUGCUUCACCCAACGGGUCUCCUCCUGGUGUACCUCAAUCCAAGGGCCCGGCGAUUCUUGAGCUUCCUCUUGAUAAAAUUCGGAGACCCCUGAUGCGUACAAGAGCCAAUGAUCCCCACAAAGUCAAGCAACUCAUGGAAAGUAUAAGUGAAAUCGGUCUUCAAGUACCUAUUGAUGUGCUGGAGGUUGAAGGGGAAUACUAUGGCUUUUCUGGAUGCCAUAGAUAUGAAGCUCACCAGCGGCUGGGCCUGCCAACUAUACGCUGCAAAGUUCGCCGUGGUACGAAGGAAACUUUAAGGCAUCAUCUCCGCUGAGCCAUGUAAAAGCACCAAAUAUUGAGGGAGGGAAA